UCGCACUCCCGACCGGUUCUGGUUAUCUGGGAAAGGAGGGGCUAACUGCGGAAACAACGUAACAUUUCCGCAAGUCAAUUUACAGCGAGAGGGGGCAAAAAAGAGGUUAAAGGCGCUGCGCUUCGGUUGCGCAAGUUAACAAAAAUGUAGUUUCGGUCACAUGAUGGCACGACCGGACCCCGCGUGCCAGCUGCACCAGGUGUUCGCCUCCUCGCGAGGAAACCAAGUCGGUCACUCCGGAGGGUGUUUUCUUUAUUUUUAAUUUUUUUUUUACAAAAGUAGGGAGCUUUAGCUGAAAGACAGGAGACGAGGACAUGUUGAAACUAACGCCAACAUUUGACCUGCAAAGGGACGUGGUGUCGGACAUCUUCAGGAGGGAGGCGUCGGUGUGCAGGGUGCCAGAAUAUUCUGGAGCAGUGGACACUUGUAUCCUAAACAUUGAGAGAGAUGGGGGCAUCCUUUACUCAUGGAAGGGAGCGGCAGGGACCACCAGGAUUGGGAGAUAUGACUCCAACACCAAACAGAACAAGCUCCUGUACACAUUCGACAAGCAGGUGUGUGUCAGCAGCUGUUCCCUGAACGAGGAGGAGACGCUGUUAGCGGUCAGCUUGGCACAAAACCCCAGCAGAGAUGAGCGCCUCCAACCAAUAUCCAAGUGUCUAACUCUCCUGAUUGAGAUUCAUCCCAUCAACAACACUCAAGUCCUCAAGGCAGUAGACUGCAGGGUCAAAGUGCAGUUCCUCAAUUCAGGAACUGACGGGAGAUCAGUGCUGGAGAGCCACCUGCUGCUGCUGACUGAGGACGGAUAUGUGGAUCUCUAUCACGUUCUUCUGACUAAACAGGAGGGCUAUAGAGUGGUGAUGGCAAAUCCCGAGCGUUUGUCCAAGACGGCCGAGAGGAUAGUGGAGGACUUCUGCUGGGCCCAGUGGGACGGACACACACAGAGACUCCACUACGUCGCUCAUCAUCCGACACACACACAGGCAUGCAAAACUGCCUUUAACCAGUUCCUGAUGCGAUGUGUUCAGUUCUACCCCAAUCAUAACUGUGAAACUGUGUUGGAACUCCCAUUAGAGCUGCCUGCAACUUUUUUUCCUACAGUCAAGUUUGUAAAUUUGGGUUUUGACCAUUAUCACGUGGAGAAACCAGAGCAGGGGCCCGUUAGUAUGAAAGUGUUCACAAACCGAAUAGGAAGUAUGUGUGUGUGCUACAGCCAACCUCCGACAGACAAACAGGAACUGAUCUACACUGUGGUUUUAGUCCACAAAGACUGCAGCAAGACGUUCACAGUGUCUCUGGGGGGCGACCAGCCGUCACACAGAGGCGCACGGCUCCAUCCGCUCUUCAUCCCGAUAGGUUACCACAUCCUGGUGUAUCUGCAGGGCCAUUUCCUCCACUGUAUCAACACCAGGCAGCAGGAGAUGCUCUGCCACUCCCUUUUCCUCUCAGGUGUCGACGUGGAUAUGGGUCUGCGGUGUCAGUCAGCCAACAUUGCGGUGUUGUGCGCGGAGGAAGAGUCCAGCGGUGGUCUGCUGGACUCGGCCAACGGGAGGAUCUACACUGCCGAGCUAAACCCUUCCUUCCUGCUGCACAUACUGCGGUCAGACACUCCCUCUAGGUGUCCCAGCAGUAAGGCUGACCCUCAGCGCCUGGCCGCCCUCCACUGCCUGCUGGUUUACAUGGGAGAUGACCCAAGCCUGGAGCUGAAGAUCAUCGAAUGGCUGUGCGACAACAUGAGCGCCUUCGAGUCCUUUGAUCAGAUCCAGGAGUUCAUUCUAGCCUCUUUGUACAGAAUAAGCUAUGAGAAGUCCCUCAGCCUGGACAAGGUCCUGCCUUACUCCUCCGUACUCGACAAGAAGGAGAUACCGGCGUGUCUGUUGGAGGUCCCUGGUGUGUUGUGCACCACUGAGCUGCAUAUUGAACCUGUGUUCAAAGGCAAGGCCAGAAGUCUCCAGGGUUUCUGGUCAGAGCUGCAGUGGAACACGGAGAGAACAAAAUAUCUGCAUGCCGUUCCCAACCCCAGAUACCGAACCUCACACAUACAAGCUGACUGGGAGAAACUAAAGUCCGAGAGGAGACCAUCCGGCCACAGGAACAACACGGAGGAGAACACAAAGAAAGUUCUAUCAAUGGUGGACACCUGGUGUCUUGAUAAGAAGCUGGUGCCACUUUUCCAGGAGGAGGACCAUCAACAGAGGGCGCUCAUAGGCCUGACGGUUGACAAGCUCCGAGAGCAUCUCAACAGACACCUGCCUCGUCUUGGGAAGAAGAAGAUCGACUCGCUGGUCGUCAACUAUGUAGCCAAACUGCUGGAGCUCAUCAGACACAUGCUGGAGUCAGUCUGGCAGAAGCACAAACUGGGACCUCGUGUUUUGUGCCUACUUUCCAUCACUCCCCGCUGUGUCAAGCAGCAGGGCACUCCAGCCGAGUGGUCGGUGUUUCACUUCAUGUUUCGGAUCCUGGAAGCCACGAGGGGUCUGUGCCUACCCCUCCCUCCAGGCUAUCACACCCUGUUAGCCGUGUUCGCGGUGCGUUGCCUUCCUCAUCACACCUUCCUGCAGUACAUUGAUCACGGCCUCCUGCAGCUCACUGAGACCUUUGUGUCUCGGCUCAUGACAGAUUUGGACAACGGUGCUGCCAACGAGAGACUGAAGUUCAGCAUACUCAAGAGACUCCCGGAGCCCAUGGGGCAGAGGAUCUACCACAUGUGGGACCAUCCCUUCAGCUCUGCUUCGAUCUCCAGAGAUUAUACCAGGACGCUGCUGGAGAGGCACGACAACAAGGGAUGUGCGUUCCCCAGCAGAGACAAGCCCGGCUUCACACCCGAGUUUCUGCCCCUUACCUACUUGGCAAAAAUACUCUCUGAUAUCGAGGAACAAGCUCUGAACCCUUUCGGGGAGCAGGAGAACGUGGACGCCAAGUUCGUGGAGGAGACGGCACUCAAGCAGACACUAAUACUGCUGGGCUUAGGGGAAAAAUGAAGCACGUGAAGGAUGGACGGAUGGAUUGAGGGAGAAAACCCAUGACGGUGGAAAAUGUGUUCCCGGGGAACCAGUCAUCAUCGUCUGUCCCUCGAGGAUGAAUAACGGAUGGAUGGAUGGAUGAUGGAGAGACGGAGGGCGAGAGGUGAAAGAUGAAUGGACCGAUUGAAAGGCAGAGCGCUCAUAAACAAGCUCUCAGUGCAACGGGAUAAGGGGAGGGGGGGGGGGGGGGUAGAUGGAUGGAGACGGCCCAGAGAAGGAAAGAUGGAGACCGAUAGGAAGGAAUGGUCACCAUGCUUUUUCCUCACAAACAUUAUGAACGGUACCAAAACAUUAGAACACAAUAGGUAGCGGCAGCAACUUCUCCCAUUUAGUUUAUGAACACCGAUGUCGUACGCCGGGGCUUCACAUCAAGGCCGCUGGCUUUGGAGGCGAUUGUAAGUGGCUGAGAAAAGGGGACAUGUCCGACGUGCGUAGAGACUUUGCUGAUGCUGGCAGGUCGAAUGAAUGACAAGAGUUCAUUAAAAAUGUUUUGAUGUAAAGACACUUACAUCUGGUCUGACCAGCUUAUUACGAAUGAUUCUUUUUUUGAUGCUAUGCCACAUUGGGCUCUAAAUAAAAGCGUGGAUACAAAAGCAAUAGCCUCUCACAAAGUCCGUCUACGAAAUGCCUUUCAAAUCAAACCAGACAGUUCAGGGGCAACAAUGAGGCAUUAAUAAUUCAUGAAUAGCACACAGGCACACGCACGCACGCACACACACUGGAGUUUUAAUCAGGUGCCGCAUCCUCUGUAUCAUGAUUGAGCUAUUACAGUAAAUGGGGAAAUUCUUUGGUAGUGGAGGUGAUUAUGGUGUCUGUGGCAUGUGCCCAUAAUCCUUUUUAUAGUCUGUGAAUGUUGGCAUCAUGCCAGAGAUUAUUUGCAUCAUACGUGGUGCUUUUGUUUUGAAGAAAUUACAUUCAUUACACUAUAAAGAAAAGGGAUUGCAGAUUUGUUUACACAAAAGAGGUUUGCAAGAUGGAUUGUAAAUAAAGAGUGUAUUUUCUUGAA